AUGCUUUCUCUUUUCUCUAAACCUCUCAUGCUUUCUCAUUUUUCUUCUAGCUGCAAUAUCUGGUGCACUGAAUGUCAACUGCGCCCGUUUAGAACGUCUUUUCUCUCUUCUCUCAUCAAUUAUUCUUUUAACAGCAGAAAACGUUUCAGUGUACUUUGUCACACCAAGUCUGUCCUCGAGAAUUUUCAAACACUCUUUGGCAGCUGCCACCACUUCUUCUGGAUAAUCAUAAUCGACAAGGGGAUCAAUCAAAUGGUACAAGCCAAGAAGAAUUUGUUUAGAGAUUUCUGUAAGUCUUUCGUCAUUGACAAUUUGACAAAUCAUCGCUGCCAAUUGAAUAGAACAAAUCUUUGUAGCUUCAUUAUGGUUUUUGGUAUCUUGUCGCAUGAUGGAGCACACGCGAUAAACUACAAAAUCAGUGGCCUUAUUGAAUUUGUUGCUUCCACUGAUUUUGGCGCCAAUGUCACCAUCAGCUUCAAAGUCAUCGUCUUCUACCUCUUCUGCAUCAUCCUCUUUGUAAUAGAACGGCGUCUCUUCCGCUUCCCAUUUCUUUAUGAUCUGGAUCAAAUUCUUAACAAUUUGGGUUCCAAGUGCUUCAGAAACAACUGGAGCACCAAAUUGCCGUAA